CUUACCGCUAACCGUGCGAUCCGUACAGUGUGCACUAUCUCGUCUUGCACAUCGUACACUCCUCGAGAUAUAAGUCAACAAACGCGUCCAUAAACGUCUUGUCGAACAAAUAAAAAUAAUAAUAAUUUAUUAUAAAACGUCGCUGUCUACUACACAACUCGUAAUAUGGCAAUGAAAUUCGUAAGUAAAUUCGUUACCUACAAAAUAAUAAUUCGUAUUGAUAUUAUAAAUAUCCGAGGAAGAAGUGCUUAAGCUAAUUGCGUUUAGUUUUCAAUAAAAAUAUUAAUUAUAUUUAGAAAAUGUAUACACGUAUACCAUUUGAAAUAUCACAUAAAAUAAACCUUACUUAAGCCCUUCUUCCAUGAGAUCAAAGAUACAAGAUACCUAAGUAUAUAAGAUAAGUAAUAAGUAUACUAUUUGAAACAAAAAUCAAUUUUUGUCAUGAAUCGCAUAAUGCCGAUGAACUUUAAAUCAUUUAAAUAUACCUAUGCAUCAUAUUUUUUUAUUUUCCCGGAAGUUUUUAUAAUACAUAGAAAAACCGAAAAAAAACCAGUAGGAAAAACAGGAAAUAUAUUAUUUUCAAUUUUGAUUUUUGUUGUGAUUUAAUUAAAAAUAUUCGUAAAGACUUGAAAUUUAAAUUUACCUUUUCUAGACGUGGUACAAUUUUUAAAAUAUUUUGGUCGUUUUUGAGCUAUUUAUAAAUAUUUUAAUUUUAAAAAAUGUUUAAGUCAUUUUUAUUCAGUAAGUACUUUGAGGAUAAAAUUGUUAGACCAAACAAAAAUUUUAUAAUUUUGUCUAAUAUAAUUUCUCAUUCCUAGUUUCUAAGAGUACCUAUAGCCCAUGCUCAAUUAUAAACCUAUUUGAGUGUAUACAUUUAUUAUUUUCAAAUUGUUGACUAUAUAUAUAUUAGAGGUGGAUGAUUCGAUACCGCGAUAUCUUCAAUACUUAAGACAAUACCGAAUAUCGAAUCGAGUAAAUUUUCUGCAACGAUUUUGAUACUUUAUUAUGCAAAUAUUAUAUAUACAUAUAUAUAUAUAUAUUUAUAAUAAUGCAGAUGCAGAAUAUUAAUGAUUACUGAUUAGUAUAUUUAUGUUUGUAUUUUUUUUCUUUAAACAAAUGUAUAAAGAAUUAAAUAUUGGGAUAAAAUAAGAAUCUAAAAGGCCUAAAAGUUGUUUUAUGUAAGAAAAAACAAACAAACAAAUGCCUAUAACUAAAUUAUAGCCUCAUUCAUUUUUACUCAGAAUUUAAACAAAUUUAAUAUUUUAAUAAACUAGCUAUUAAACUUUACCGAUCUUUUUUAUAAUAUGUGUAUACAGAUUAUUUUAAAACAAUAGGAGGGAAAUGAUUCAGUAAUUUAAAAUAAUCUCUCGACUUUAUAUCAUAUUUAUGAACAAUAUGAACAACAAAAUAGAAACGCAGAAACGAUCUAUUGUUAAAAGUAGUUAAUAACAAAUGUAGGUGAUAUUCUAAAAACAACUCUUACCAUUGGAGUAACCUAUGCCAGGUAAAUAUAACAGGCGUAAUAACAUAUUAAUUUAUUGGUUUAUAGACAGUAGAACAUGUUUUAAAUUAUUGAAUGUUAUACUUAUGAAGUUAUGCACGUGUUCUCUGUAACUUUAUGUUAUAUAACCAUGUAUUAUUUAUUAUAAAUAUUAUACGAGUAAGACAUUGACUCUAUAGACGUGUGAUCUGGAAAGACGCCAGUAACAAAGUUGAAUAAAAGAACGUUCUCAACUUCUUAUCAAAUUAAUAUUCUAUUCAUUCAUUUUGAUACUAUACAUGUAUAUGUCUUAUUUUAAGUUUUAAAAAUAUUCUAUUUUAUCAAUAAUAUAUAAUUAUUAUUAUUGUAUUUAAAACUUACGUUUAUUUUGAAUAAUUGUAUUUUAUUUGUAAUAAUCGCAUUACAUUUAUAAAUUUCUUGUACUUAGUUUUACUCAAACAAUUUGAUAUAGAAAUUAAUAAUUAUGUUAAAUAGUACAACUAUUUGGUAAAUUAUUAAUUUGUUUAGUGAAGCGUAUUACGCCUUGCUAGUACGUAUUAAGAGAACGCCACACCUGCAUGUGUUGACUUCGUAGUCCUGCAUGUGUUGACUUCGUAGUCCGCACGACAGCAAAUUUGAGUCAGCAUGGACAAUUCUGGCAUGUGUUGACUUCGUAGUCCGCACGACAGCAUGUGUUGACUUCGUAGUCCGCACGACAGCAAAUUUGAGUCAGCAUGGACAAUUCUGUGCUGUAAUUUUAAUAUUAGAGUGAAUUGACCUAUUAUCAAACUUAAAUAUAAGAAUAUUACUUGUGCAAAUACGUUUAAUGUUUUAAGUAAGAUACAUGUAUAUGAAACAUCACAAUUUAAAAAUGCUUUAAGUGUUUAAAAAUUUUAAAAAAUACCAACGUAGUUGCACAGAUCAUAUUCUUAUAUUUAAAUUUGUUAAUUUAUAAAUUCAUUCUAAUAAUAAAACUAACAGUACAGACUUGUCUUUACUGAACAUUAGAUUCAAAUAGUCCUAUUUUUUUCAUGCAAUUUAAUCAAUAUAAUUUUUUAUCUUAAAAAUUACUUAAUAUACGGCCAUCUAAAGUUAGUUAAAAAAUAUUAUUUUUUCCCGAUUUUUCAAAAAAAUAUAAAACGUGCGACUUUAAAAGCAAAAAAAUUUGACUUGUUUAAUAAGGAAAAAAAUGUUUAAUAAAGAUAGAUAAUAAUAAAAUUACACAAGUAGGUAUACAUAAAAAUAACAUAGGCUUUACAUUUUUUGAAAAAAUCAAGUAUAAAUCAUUAACAGUUAUUUAAACCAUUAAAACUUGGAGAACACAUCACAUACAUCUAUUCAAAAUAAAUCGUAAACGAAACUCUGAACGCGUAUUUGAAAUCAUUAAUUUUCGUUAAUCGCAUCCGAAGAUCUAUAAUAAAAACACCAUUAAGAAGUAUAUCAGAACACUACUCAAUUGCGGUGCCAUCACAAUUUUUCUAUUCAUUAGUGAAGGUCAAUCUUGUUUUUAUAUUAAAAAACACAUCACACAUCCACAACCCCGAUGGCGGGCUGCUCGUUAAAUAAAAUUGUGUUUCAAUGCACUGCGUUUGCAACCUUGACAGUGCACAUUCAAUGUGAGAUUUAUACAUAGUGAAUGAAAAAAAUAAAAAUGACUACUGACGUUUGAACACAAUGUCUAACAGACAACAUGCGUAUAAAUUUCAAUUAUUUUUUGCAAAAAAACGAAGUCAUCGUCAGAAUCUGGUUUACAUAUUUAUACACACGGUGACUUUGGAGAGACGAGGUGAUUUCAUUAUAUUGUCAUAUCGAUGUAGGUCUCGAACGGGAUAAGUUUGAUUUAUAAAUGGUCAUGAAAUGUUUUUUUUUAUGAAUUGCUAGGGAAAUAAGUAAUAAUAAUAAUUCUUAUUCAUAAAAUUGUAACACGCUAUGUAGAUAUUCGAUCAAACAUCACAAUAUGGAAUAAUAAUAAUAUUUAUUUAACAUCCGUAUGUUUGAACCGAAACUUUAGUAGGUACAAAAUAAUUUAAAUCCAUAAUUCCAGCUUCAUAUUAUAACUCGAUAUUUUUUUCUAAUAAAAAAGAUAUGUUAUUAUAAAUUACGGAUUCAAUUUAUCCACUAUUUGUAACUAUUUACGGUACUGACGAUGAUUUAUUGAUGGGAUACUUAGUAAUAUAAUUUAUUAUCGCAAUAUAUAGGGAUAUUAAAAUUAUAACAACUAUCGAUAAGAAUCCAAUAGGUAUUAACGGACUAAAAACUGUCAUAACUGUUCACAUACCUGCUAAACGACGAAUGGAAUAGAAUUUAAAAAUCUCGAGCACACGAGUACAUUAUUCAUGAUAUAAUAUAUUUGAUUGAGUUAAAUAACAAUAUUUAUGUGGGUUUUCGGUCGCAUACCGAAUGGCUGGUAACAUUCACUUUUACUAACUAGAGCGAAUUUCCAAUAUAGCUCGAACAUAUUAUUUUUAUUUACUUUCGCCCAAAGCUACAAACCAACGCACAGAUCACAGAUCUCUGUGUUAACGUGUUUUUUUUUUCUACUAUUAUCUAACAAAAUUUUAUAAUUUUGUAAUUAUAAUAAGUAAACGAUUAUAAUACUACCUAUGCAACUGUAUAAUAUAAAUGUCCACACGAAUAUUUAAUCCAUUUAAUUGAACGAUGAAGGUAUUUAUCUGAUUAUAUUGAGCAAAAUAAAAGUUGAAAAUGUAGACAGGUAUCUAUAAAAUAAUAUGUGGUAUAACGUAACAAAUAAUAAGUAUAACACUUUCAAGGUAAAAUCAUAAAACAUCAAUUUGUAAUAAUCGCGAAGGAACGAGUAUUUAUAAUACCUGUAAUAAUAUAUAGGUUCUGACCUUUAAAACGCAUAAAGUAUCCCAAUAAACCUACAGAAAACAACAUGCGCAUCGAUUUUUUCGUAAAAAUCAAUCAUUUUAGAUUCAGAGAGUCGCGAUCACAUACCCUAUUGUGUAUUUUUUUAUUAUUUUUUUGUAUCUGUAACCAAAUUUUCGAACAGAUUAAUCUGUUAUCAAUCUUUAUCCAUCGGAACCUUGUUCCGAUAGAUCAAGUAAAUGACCUUUUCUGAAAGGAUUUUCUCAUUGGUGCAAUGAAGAGAUCAUUUUUUUGAUUUUUCAAAGGGUUUUCGUAAUAAUUGGAAAUAACCAGAAAAAAAUUUUUUCGGAAAAACAGCAACUAUUUACGGCACACCACGGCGUCACCAAUUUUAUUGUUUUUAAUUUGUAAGCACUAUAUUUUCUACCAGAUAUAUUAGUUCCAAUAGAAAAAACGGCAAGAGACCUAUUGUUUUGCAUAUUUAAUUUAUUUGGUUAAUCAGUAUUUCGCUUUUUGAUUUUCCUUGUAGUUUUUUAAUUAUUGAAGAAAAUCGAAAAACCUCAGAAAGAACAGAAAAGCUUACAAAGAUAAUGGUUUUAUUACUUAUAAAUUAAUUUUUUUGUUGUAAUUCAGUUGAAAAUAUUCAUGGAGACUUGAAAUUUUGACAGAAAACUUAUAUUUGUCUUUUCUGGACAUUGUAAAGUUUCCAAAACACUUUAGCCAUUUUUGAACUAUUUAUAGACAUUUUAUGAUGUGUUUUUUACAUUGUUUUUAUACUUAUUUGGUUAUUAGGAUAUAAUUGUUUAACCAAACAAAAAUACAUGAUAACAGGAGGUUCAUUAUAACUAGUACCUACUUAGUAGUCAAGUAAGAAAAUUAGAGUGUGAUAUAGUCACUUUUUUUUACAAUUGUUUUAAGAUCAAAUUUUGAAGAAUAUCCUAAAUAUUACGAUUAUAAAAAUCAUGUAUAAAAGAAUUUCGCCCAGAAUCGUUUUUCGUUAGCAGUAGUUUAUCGUUGUUUAUAGAUAUAAAUUAAAUAACUUUAUAUAUCCUAUCUUCCCAACUUUCCACCUAUAACAGUUUCCCACCCAUCAGUAGUAUCACCGUAUAGUAGGAUACACCGAAUUCAUACGCAUCUAUAUCGUUUAUAUACUCUCAUAAUUAAUCAUAAUUUCGAUCGAUAACUCACUCGAAUUAUUACUUUUUACAUUUUACUCGUGCGCUCACAGUUAUUCAACUUUUACUGUAGGUAAUUUACUAUGUAAAUGUUAAAUUAAAACAUAAUAAAACUCAAAUUAAUAUUAUUCUAAUACGUAUAUAUUAUAGAAUAAUAUACUGUAUAGUUAUAUAAACUACAGUAUAUAUUAUUAAGACACCACAAACACAAAUAUACUAAUUAUUACCGUAUUAUAUAUGCAUUAUAUUCUAGGAAGUGGUUUAACGGUGUAGUAAAUAUAUCAGGAAAUAGAAAAUAAUCAUAUUUAUGUACCUACAAUAAUUGUAUAGAGUUCAAAAAACGUACAUAUUAUAUGUAAACGAAACAAUUGCAGUCAAAAUGUAUAGAUGCCUACAUAAUUAACAGUUGGUAUAAUAAAUAAAACCUCAAAGAAAUAUAAUUACAAAUUAUUUGGGAUUAAAAUAUCUACUUUCUUACAAGAGUAUUUGCUAUGUAAAACUAGUUUUAAUUACAAUAGAUAGGUACCUUCUAAUUAGCCAUAACUAAAUUUCAAUUUAACGUUUUUACGAGCACUUUCAUUUAAUAAUUAAUAACUAGUACAAUUAUUUAACAUACUAAAAUGUUUUACAAAUCGUAAUUAUACAAUUUUUUUAAAUAUUUUAUUCUAUUUCAAAAAAAGGUCCACCCGUGAGCAGUGGAAUUCCGUCCGAGUCAAAUUUUUUCUCCAUCUAUAUUUGGUAUUAUAGAAAAAUAUUUUGUAAAAUAAUAAAUAAUUGCAUACCUAUACUAUAGUAAUACAAUUUACUAUAAUAAUAAUUGACUAAUUAUACUAUACUUUCAAAAGUAGCGAAAUUUGAUUAUAAAAUGGUAAGGGUGGGGUUUGAAAGUCGAAACCCACAAAAGGCACAUUAUUCAUACUAUCAUUCACACACAAAAUUUCAUUUUCAUAGUUUCAUUUGGGGAAUAUGUAAAAGUUUUCAUAGCUAAAGAAUAAAAUAAAUGCCCUCCUUCCGCAAAACAUGGUGAAAUUCAUUUGGAAGUUCAACUAAUAACUUUGAUUACUUCAAUCCACCUAUAAAACUACUAUGAGUUCUCCAGUUUAAGCUCAUUUGGUCCAGAAGGUGAAGCUAACAGUAACCAAAUGUAGCUGUAAAAAGAUUAAUCAACAUAGAAAUAAUAAAAUGUCAUUAAUUAUAUUUUCCGGGAAAAUGAAACAAAAACAAUAAAAUAGUAAUGUAUUAUAUAUUUAAAAAUACGUAACUAUAAAAACUUUGUUUCUAAUAUUCUAAUAAAAGUAUACACGAAAAAAAGAAUUGUAUUAUCAUUUAUAUGAAUUCGUGAAAAUCUAGUAUGUAAUCGAUACGGGUAUACAACUGAUUUUUCGUUUCUUCGACCGAUUUGGAAUUUAAACUAAAUCGGAUAAUUUCGACAUAAUAUUAAAGAGACUUAAAGACUGAAGAAUUGUAUUGCAUUGAGCUAUAUAGAUUGCAGAUUAUUGCAUUAGACCGCUAACAGCGUUACCACUUUAUUAUCCAACCAACAAUCGCCAGUACGGUUAAUAUGUCGGGUCGACUGGUUCUUAUAACGUAAAAUUAUUCAGACUAAUCUAACCUAACCUUAUAAGUCUUUAUAAAAUUAAAACUCAAUAUAUUUUGUACGAUGGUUUAUAAUAAAUUAGUUAAAUGAGUUUAAUAAUAUGUACCUAAAUCUUUGUAAAUAAUGUUUAAAAAAAAUGCAUUCAUUUGAAAAAGUAAUAAAUUAACAUACGUUAAAUAAAUGAAAAUAAAUUAUGCCACCCUAUAAAGUUUGCAACGAUUCGAUUGGGUAAUCUAUAAUUUAACAAUAAUAAUAUAUUCUACGUAUUUUAACAUAUAAGUAGCAAAGAUAAAUACAAAAACAUUUUUGAUAAAUUGAAAUUUCUUAGUAUAAAAAUUGUUUUAACCAAAUAGGAAAUAAUAUAAUGUCAAAAAAUGCGAAUCCCUACAAACGAUAUUGUUAUUUUAUUUCCAACAGAUAUAUAAACAAUUCGAAUAUUUAUUACUCGAUAUAAUACUAGUAUUUGAAUAUAUUCUAGUCAUUUACCAUAUAACGUCGGUCUAAUUUCCAGUUGUCCAAACUCCAAAAUGUCAACUGUUCAGAAGAAGCAUUAAACGCUUAUUUCCAACUACAAAAUGAUAAUAUUAGAAUAUUUGAAGAGGUCCGAAAGAUCAUUUCUACAACGCAACAACUCCUUUGUAUUUUCAGCAGCGCUUUCAUGAAACAAUAAUUUUUUUUUUUUUUUUUAAGCAUGAUUUUUAAUGUCGACGCAUCAAUUAGUUUAAUUGGAAAUAUAAAAACACAAAAUCACUUUUUUUGAGUGAGGAGAAUUGGGAAUUAGGCUGACGAUAAUAUAAUAUAAUAUAAUAACUGUUAUAUAAAUAUUAUGUAUACCAGAAUAAAAUUUAUCCUUUAGAAUUAAAAAAAAAAUGUUUCAUACAUAUUCAAUAUUCAAAAGAAACUUAAUGAAAAUAGAAACUGGUUAUUAUAUUAUGUUAGAAUAGUGAUUUAAAACAAAUUUCAAUGAUGUAACUAUACAAUAUUAUAAUGAUGUUCUAUAUAAGAUUAUAAAAAUCGUUACGAUUACAUACGUGAGACACGUACAUCAUAUACGCAUACCGGUCGUAGAAAGUCAAUGACCUUGUAAUCAUAAUAAUAUUAUAUUCGAAUAAACGAGAUGUGAUUAAAAAGUUUCUGGACACUUUGAAUUUCACACCAACAGAGCGUCGAAAAGCAUAGGAUUGUAUCACUGACUUCUGUGAUUUCUCCUAGACAUAUCUGUUUUUAUAGAUUCUCUAUACCCUUAUUCAUUUUAAUAUAACCUAUGAUUUUAUAAAAUAUGUUUCAUGUAAGGAGAUUUUAUUAUAAAUCCAAAAUAAGAGCAACUUGACGAGUGUUUUUUUUGGAGGGGGAGGGGAGUUGAGGUUUAUUUUAUUGUGAUGACAGAACCCUAAUUGAUAGAGAAACGCAACAUUUUACAUGGCUCAUAUCAAACAACUGUGCCUGAAAAACUACAUAUUCGCCGAGUGGCAGCAAAGUUUAUCCCGAAAAUAUUGAUCAAUAGGCCGCUGAGUUUUUUGUAAAUACAUAAUUAUAUUGAAUUCAGAUUUCUUAAUUCUAAUUAAAAAUAUGCACAUUCCAUAACAUCCUGAAUAAAACACGACUUUUUUAUUUUACAUAUUUCCACAUAAUAUUUUUAUAUAAAUACAUAUUUUUAAGUAUAUUACUUAUAACUUAUAAGUUUAUAUUUGAUAAAUAGUUUGCAUGUUUGUAUGCGGGUACUUAGAAAAUUUAACAGAAAUAUUAACACUAACCAUUAUUGUAAUAAAAGCAAUUCAAAAUAGUCUUAACAACAAAAAUGAAAACACAUCAAUGAAUAUUGAAUUUUGACACGUGCAUCACGUUCAUCACUCGCACAUAAUACUAAUUAUGUUGUAAGUUAUAGCGAACAACAAUAUUAAUAUGGUUUUUAAUAAAAAACGUACGCACGUUAUCAACGAUAACGUCAUGAUAAUGUCCGUCACUUUCGAAUACAAUAUAUAUUAUAGUUAUUCUUCGCGAGUUCGCGAGUAAUUGAUCAGAUAAUAUCCAAGUCCAGAGUAGGGAAAGUGGCGGUACUUUGACGUCGAUCGUUAAACCCAAGUUCGCGAUUCGGGUCGUUAUAUUAUUGUAUUGGCACUCGCGUUCCGUACGUGAAUGACAUGCAAUACCAAAGUUCUGAACAAAGCAUAACCUAACACAACCUACGGAAGUGGUGGGUCAAGGUUCCCUUGGCCAGUAAUAAUGAUCAAAAUAACAUAAGACACUCAUUAUCUCGGAAAUUUUUUUCAUUUUAUACAGAAUUUGUUUUUUAAAAUAUUUAAGAAAUAAGUAGCUCUAAAAUGUAACAUAACUGUUAUUUGUUGUCAUUCUUAUUUUAGGGGGUCAAUCACUACUCUCUUUCGAUUCUUAAAUAAUAACCUAUAUUAAAAAUAUUAUAAAUAGAUGGAGUUAAGUUUAAAUAAAUGUUGAUGUUAAACAUUUUGAUUUCCAUCAACCAGUAUUGUAAAGUACUUGAGUAAAAGUAUUCAGAUACUUUUUAAGUACUUUAAUACGUAUUUUAAAUACAUUUGAAAAAAAGUACUUGAGCACAGUAUUUGAAUACUUUUUUGAAACUAUCAGUAUUUAAAAUAAAAUACUAUUUUUAAAUAAUUUUUUCGUCUUACUCGAUGUACAGGAACGCAAAUUUAAAUAAAACAAUUCAAAUUUUACAACAGUUAUAUUUCUAUUUAUAGAUCGUUGCGUUUUGCGUGUUAGUACAUUGUAUUAAAAUUAAGAAUACCUUUACUUGGAUAACAUUGAAUAACGUUGGAUUUUAUAGUAUUAUAUCAGUUUGAAGUAUUGGUAUAAUAUCGUGUAAAAAUACGAUUUUAUUUCGAUUAUAUAAAUAACGGUGCGUUACUUCAGCAGGCCGAUCGAGACUUAUUCAAAACUAAACGGUGAAACUCCCCAAUCCCCCGCCCCCCCCCCGGUCAACUGACGUCAUCGGCUGCUAUUGUAAAGCGGUUCGUUCGUAUCCGCGACGAGUGUGAGAACAAAAAAACAAAAAAAAAACAUAAACCCCCGGAACGCAUCGGGCACGCGUAACGGCGCUCCGCGACCCCGUUUUCGAUAUUCCGGACGCGUCCGCAACAAUAUUAUUUAUUUAUCGCGCGGAUUCGGAAUGAUAAAUAAUAAUCGGUCAAUCGCGUACGGCCGGCGCGCGUUAUUUAGGCGGACCGCCGCAGCAUGCCAUUGCAAUUGCGCGCCUGUCGCGUCAAUCGGCCGGUGCCGGUCGGUCGACGCGACGUGACUGACGGGGCCGGAGGGGACCGCCGAAGCCGUUAUCGAAUUCCGUGGGCGUCGGCCACUGGUGGUGUCGCGCGUGUGUGCGAUAAACGCCGCGGGAAUAGCGAACCGACCGGGAGUCGGAGCGAUGUACGGCAUUAAUAUAAUUUAUUAUAGCGCUAUACCGUAAAGGCGCAACACAUUACACAAAACGACCCCGUCCGCGUCACCGUUACAACGCGUGUGAAAAAUCUUUGUCGAUUUCUGCCAGAAAAAAAAAAAAAUAAUAAUAAUAAUAAUAACAUUCUGCUCGUCGUUUCGAUUACUGUUCGCGAUUUUUGGCCGCGACCAUGAGAAAAACCAAAGGAAUCCGUCGCCGUAUUUCGAUCUGAUCCCGGAAACACACGUCCGUCGUCGCAUACGCCUCACAUUAUUAUGUAAACAGAAAGAGCGUUUAGAACAAAAAAACUUUAGAUUCCUCUUCUUCUUCGUACAGCUUUAUGAACCGUGUAGCCCCGACGCCACGUCACGCGCCUCACGCGUCUAUUUGUCUCUUAUCAACGUCAACUUCUUGUAUUAUAGUUUCUUACGCCCCUAAGCUUUCCAAAUGUUUCGUUUGGAACAUUCGUUGUAGGAUCUGGUCUAGCCGCUCGACUGAUGCGCAGUAGUCUUUUGUCCUGAUAAUAGCCCCGUUGUCCAGGUCACGCCGUAUUGGAGUUUGACCGGCGCACGUCGCACCCCGUGCACAUUCACGCGUUCAUAUUAUGAUUUUUUUUUAAAAAAAACAACGUUGUCUUAUGUUUUAUUUUAUUCUACUAGUAAUCAUGCGUACGUGUACUAAAUUUAUUUUAUUUUUUUUUCUAUGUAUAUUUACUGCGCACGUCGGGCAGUCUCGCAGAACUCGAAAAAAAAACGCGGUGCGAAAAAUAAAUAACACAAUAUUAUUGUAUGCGACGUGACACAUACGUCGAUACGUGACGGUACCCGGAGGCGGAGGCGACCGGCACGCUACACAGCCUCGGGCGACGGAUCGUCUUCGCUGUUUAUGACGUAUAAGCCGCGAAUCUCAUUUGUUCGGCCGUUAAUUACGCGCGCACGAACGUCGUAAAGCAUAUGCGCGUGUACAUAAUAAUAUAAUGUUGCGACGAAAACAAAAAUCGCUUGAGGCUACCUCUGUAUGCGUAUACAUUAUUAUAUAAUAAAAAAGUGAAUAUAUAUAUAUGUAUAUAUAUUAUAUUGCAGAGAGAGAGAGAGAGAGAGAGAGAGAGAGGUACACAAUAACCGCGGUCGGGACACUCCGAUUUCAGCCCGCAACCACCCGCUACGGGAGAGAGGUCGUUGUACCAUUACAGGUACCUACCGCCUGUUUUUCUCCGUCUACUCCGCCGGUAAAGUCCAAAAAACCUACAGACCAGUGUUUCUCAACCUCUAUGAUUGUCGCGAUUCCCCAAAUGAAUAUUACAUUUUUUUUUUUUUGCGACUCCUAUAAAUAUGAAUUUUACACACGGCCACCCUAAAUAACAAUUAGGUAGCUGGCGAACCCCAGAUUGAGAAACGCCGCUACAGACGACUCCAAUCGAGUGUUACGGGAACGCGAAAUAACAGAUAAUAUUAUUUUAUAUCCGGCGUAUAUAAAUAAUAUUACAAUAUACGGUUAAUAUCGGCGCGGGUAUAAUAUUAUAAUAGGUAUGGUGGAUUGGGGAUUCUCUCGUCUCGGGUGAAUAGGAAAAUGAUUUUUUUUUUUUUUUUAAUGCUAUACCGUAACCGAGUACAUGUUUCUUAUAUUUUAUUAUAUUACCAACUGCAGUCGGUGAACGAAUUUGGCGGGAAUGCAUUCGGACGUCGUCGUAAUGACCAGGAAAUAUAACAAUAUAUAGGUACCUACUGCUGAUGCAGACCCGUGGCGGACGUGACUACAUUGUUUCAAUAUAUUUUUUUUUCUACCUCCGUUCACUCGGGUAUUCACAUUAAAUAAAAAAUUAACGAUAAUAAUAAUAAAACUCACCGAAUGGGAAGAAUUCACCGCAAAUACCUGUCGGCUGUCACAUUCGUCCGGCGACGGCGGUGCAGCAGGUCAUAUUAAACAGGUCGUCGACAUUAGAAACUGUAUUGUUUUUUCCUUCUAUACAUAUUUACAUAAAUAUCGAAUUCACUUUUAUUUAUUUUUUGAAAUUCGAAAAAGAAAAUAGUAAUUUAAACAAUUUUCAUUUAUAAAUACCUAUAUUCGAUAAGUCUUUAAGACGGUGGAGAUCACUGAAGAACUAUUCGAUAAGUUGCGGACAGUCUCUAAUUCGGUGACUUAUUGUUUGUUUUGCUCAUAAACUGAUAAUUAUAAUAAUCAGACGCCAUAAUAAAACUGUUAACUCGGAGAGUCUUAAAUUUUUGCUGUUCAUUAAAUUAUAAUAUUUGAAUUCUGGAAUGACAAUAGGUUUUGAAAAUGGACUAAAAAAAUGAUUUCGCAUCGUGUCCAACCACCCGGGAUGAGUUUGCAGAACCACCGGCUGCUGGGAAACACUGCAAAUCUAAUCGUAACAAAUAAAUCGUGAACCUUGUGGUUCGAAAUUAGCUCGAAACGAAUUGUUAUAAAAACAAAAUAUUAUAUUAUACAUACGUAACCGUUAUUUAUGUGCACGAAUUCGUUGCAGUUCGAAGAAAAAAACCGCCCGUGAGGAGCAGAGCUCCGUCACUAUAUACGGUCGAAUUUUUUCCCACCUAUUUUUUAAUAUAGAAAUAUCCUUUGUAAAACAAUAAAUAAUCGAAUGAUUUAAUAAUACGACACUGUACUGUACUACUUGUACUAAAAAAAGUUGACAUCUGAGCAUACAAAUGGUCAGGACGGGGGUUGAAAGUUCAAGGUUGAAACCCUUAAAAAUGUACAUCCUUCAUUGUUCAUAUUAACGCCGCGUAUUUACACAUUUUUUAUCUAUAGUUUUUUCUUGGUUCGGUUUUAUAUUAUGUUUUAGAACAUAAUUGUGUUCAAGCAAACGAUUAACCAAAAUCGGCCGAUUUUUGUGUUGCAGAUUGUGUUCGCCUCGUCUUUGAUGGCCGUGGCGUUGGCACAGCAACGUCCUGUUCCACCGGCAUUCACCAGAUCCGGCUCAGCGGGCCGCUUCAAUGCACAGUUGGAACUGGAAUCGAAUCAGCAGGUACCACAGCCAUUCCGCCGAGUCUCCGUGCCCCUGUACAGAGGCCGUGGAUUCAGCCUGGAUGGACAGGAACCGAAACAGACCCCGCAGAUCCAACAGCAGGCGUUCCUGCAGCCAAGACCGACCACGCUCCCCAACGAAAACCCCGAGUUUAGCCGAGUUGGAAAUAAUAAUGCCGAAGAAAACGCGGCUGACUUUCCGCAGCCCACCAGACAAGCGCCGCAGUUGCAGCAGCAGCAACAAGUCGAUCGAAACCAACUGCAAGCCGAAAGAUUUCAACAACAACAGCAACAUCAACAGAUCGAUAGGAUUCAACAACAACAACAGUUGUUGGAUAAAAACCAACACGAAAAACAAUUUCCCAAUUUCAGGCCCCAGGUAUUAUUUCAACGGAUAUCUCUCGUUACGCACACGUAUUUUUGCCACUGAAAGUUGCAAUUUGUUUCUUUUUAGCCACAGAUACAACCCGUUGCAGAAACACAACCACAGUUCGUGAGGAAAGUAGUUCAAAAGCCACUGAAACGCGUGAAGGUGACGGAAGAAACGGUUGCUCCAGUAAGAACACCGGAAAUGAUCCAGAGAAUGAAAGUUGAACGCUCAGAGGCAUCCGAUAAACAAAGGGCCAAGAAACCCGUAUCUCAGGUACAGUUUUAAUUUUUUUUUUUUUUUUGAAUUUUAAUUUCGAUAUAAAACUUGUAAAAAUGGAGUGAAUUUAUUUUUAUAUUUCUUUCAAAGUGUACAUACAGUCAUACUAUAUAUUAUGUCGUCGAGACAUUAUAUCGCCUACCUUGGACAUUUUAUAUUCUCGACCAAUUGUCCAUUAUACUCACUUCGUCUAAUAAGUGGCCACAUUAAUCUUAAAUCAUUCAGAAUCCGAAUAGCAUAAUAGCGUAUUAUAGACGUCGGAUUCAAUUAUCUUCUUCGCUUAUUCCGCGAUAAAAUCCAAUAAAAUGUAAUCCGCGACGCGAAUUCGUGACCACGAUAUUUUUUUUUUUUCGAAUAUCACGCCCUCAUCGUAUAUACAUGUGCGGCGAAAAAACACGCGUUUUACAUUGGUAUACACAAACAAAUAAAAAAAUUGUCAUCGAGGUGAUCGGUAAACGGAUUAUAUACGUAUAGUAUUGUCAACAAUCUCCAUCGAGAGAAGACAAAAAUGAUUAUGAUCGCUCGUCAUUAUAUUGCCAUUCGUGUAUAUAAUAUACACGAAGUCGAUUACUGCACCAGAUUAUCCUCAUAGAAAUCCGAAACCGGUUUGUUAUUUACCUAUUUCGUGUUGUAUAGGUACGCAUUUUCUUAUUUUUUUUAUAGAGCUAAAUAAAAGACCACAUGUCAUCUAUACAUGUAUAGUAUGUAUAGGCUUAUAGACUUUUGAAGUUCAACGAAACCGAAGCGCUCGUUAUCUACGAGUUUAUAUUAUAACCAUUAAUCAAAAACAAAACAAUGUAUCAGCUGUACAAUAUGAAGAUAAAAAAUGUAUUAUUUAAUAAUACACCUAUACUUACGUACCUAAAAAUGAUAAGUGAAAAAAAAUUAUUAUUAUCUUUCAACGCUAGUAAAUCACGGGAUAAAUUACUUUUUCAAUUAGCACUUAAUGUAAUAUAGGUACUUAAAUUGUACAAUAUUUUUUACCUUUUUACAAGUAUAUACGAGCAUAAUAAAAAAUUGAAUUUUCGGUCACUAUAUAAUAUUAUCGUGUAUAUUAAUGUGAAUACCAGUUUAAUCUAAUCGGCCCCGGUGGUACUAUAAUAAUAUAAUGACGAUUUUGAAUAAUAAAAAAAUAUAUAACCAACAAUAUUGCGUUAGGUUCAGUAAUAAUAAUAUGACACCUCGUUAUAAAGGUGAAACCAAAAAACAUUCGCGAAAGCAUAUAAUCAAAAACAUCCAUCAAUAUACAAUAUUCUAUUUCUAUAGCAUAUUAUUUUAAUAUAAUAUAUAACUUCAUAUUUCAGUUAUUAUUAUUAUUAUUAUUUGAAUAGUAACGCAUGCCAUAGCAUGCCAAACGCACGUCUUAGAAUAAUUGUACGUAUACCUACCGUCACCGCAGGUUUCGUAUAAAGUUAUAAAUAAAUAAUACAUAUGUAACUAAUAGGUAAUAUAUGAUCGAUGUAAGAUAUACAAUUAACACCUAGGUUUGAAAAAAACUAUUUAAAUACGCAAAUAUUAGAUUCUGAGUAUAAUAAUGAAGAAGCUAAAUAUUAUUAUAGAUUUAGACGUGUCGGUAUAUUUUGUAGGAAAAUACUAUUCCGGCAAGUAAAAAUGCUCAAAUUGUUUUAUGUAGUGACCUAAAAAAUGCGGAAUUUUGUCCGAUGAAUUCAUUUGAACGAUUUAUCCAAAUUCUCGACACUUGAAAAUUAAAAAAAAAAAGAAAAAAGCAACAAAUUACGAAAUAUAGGUUUUAUUUUUGUUGGUUGUACAACAGUGGAAAACACCCAACUAAUACCUUGUACCAGUUUACCGUGCCCCAGUCAAAAGCCAGAAUCGUAUUUUAUUUAAUUUUCAAUGAUUUAUUGUCGGUAUAAACUAGUGCGAAGUAUGCAAUUAUUAAACAGUUGAUUUUCUAGAACAAAAAUGCUUUUGUAGUUUUCUAUCAGAAUUUGAAAAUACUUGUAAUAAAAACAAAAUCAUACAGCAGAACCAUCAGUGAUCAUCUAAUUUUUUAACAGAAAGGUUACCGCCAAAACAAUUAAAAAACUGUGUGGAAACAUAAUGUUAACAUCACUAAAAAAAAAAAGAAAACAAUUACGUGAUAUCUAUAAAAUAAACUGCGUAUAUUUUUUUUUGUUCUUGUUACCUACUCUAAAAAUAAUCUGUAUUCAUCGUAAAAUGUUACAUAUAUUUAUCCACAAAAUUAAAUUAAAAAUAUUCGUGUCUUUGGGAAAAAAAUGAGAAAGUAAAAUUUCGAAUUUUCAUUUGCAUGCGCACGUUAAUGCCUCUAUAUGUUGACGUCAAAUCGAUGACUGACAACUUUUUAAAACAACGUAGUACGAAGCAAAGUGGCCGAACAAGAAAUAUUGAAUAAAAAUAGCCAUUUUUUUUUUUAAAGGUUAGAUCAUUUUUUUAAUUACCAUUAUUAUAUACUAUAUAUAUAAUGGUGGAAUUGUGUGCUUGUAUACAUACAUACAUCACGUUUGAUUUUUUUUUAUAUAUUAAUAUUAAAAAAAUUUUUAGUUGAUUUUUGGGUCACCUUGUUGAUAGGGAUGAAAUUAAAAAAAAAAACCAACAGUUAUUAUAAUUUAAUUUGAAUGUCACAAACAAGAUGUCAAGGAAGUGCCAUUUUUAAAAGAUAUAAAUUACCAGGCAACAAUGAUUAACUACAUUAAAGAUAAGGGAACUGAGCUGACACGGUAAAUUGAAUUACUUUUCGCUGAUUGCUGUUGAAAGAUUGAGUCCGGGAAAAACCGGUUAAUUCAGUUAAUGUAGUCUGGCAGUGUAUUAUAAUAUAUGUUGUGAAAAUCAAAAAGGACUUAGGUCUAUAUAAUAUGUACAAUGCAUGGCCGGAUGGCUGCCACCAGUCAUCACGUGUACAAGAGACAAGAAUAAUAAAGUUACUUGCGAUUUCGUCGACAGAAAAAUUCACGUCGAGGAGAGAGGCGAAAUACUACGAGCACAUCGUAGUCCGUGUCCGUUAACUGUAACGUCAUAACACAAUAAUAAGAAAUAGAUAAUUAAAAUUAAAAAUUAAAUAACAAUAUUACGUGUUCAAGAACUAUGCGCUUUAGUCGUGUUUUCAUUGUUAUACGAGAAUAUAAUUACUAUGAUUUUAUAACAUAGACGUCAGACAGUAUAUUAUAAGUAUAGACUAUAGUUGAACAUAUUUUAAGACCGGUGCCACACUUCAGAAUAUAAAAGUUAUACGUGUGUACCUAUACCCCUGUAUUUCUUAAAAAUCAUUUAAUAAUCACUAGGACUGGGAAUGUAAUAAACCCAAUGGCCCACAUAGUAACACAAAAAAUGCCCUUAAAAGAAAAAGACUUUUAUGUAAUUAAAAUUCAAAAUAAUAUGCCUAUAAAUUGUAUUAAAAAUGAAAAAAAAUAAAGUUUAAACAAAAAUACUCAAAAAUUACAAUAUACAUUUUCUUUUGAUCUCCACCCAAACUGUAUUGUUUUCUCUUGCUCUCAUCAACAUAUGAACCAAGAAGACCCAAGAAAAGCCGGAUUGGCAGGGUGAAAAAAGAUUUAAAACGUUUGAGAGUGGAAAACUAGAGAGAAAUAGCAGCAUUUAAUACAUGUGGUUUUCAAAAUUGUAUUUAACAAUAUCAAAUUGUCCAUCAAAUAUUUUUAUUUUUUUUUUUUUUCAAAAUUUACUUAUGUAAAAAUGUUUGGAUUUAUAAAGCCCAAAAUGUUGGUUUUUAUUUUUUUAUCCUUAUUUUUGGGAGUGAAACCACUAUACCCACUUUUGAUUUUCCAAAAGUAACCUAUACUAAACAUUGUAUAAAUAGAUUAAGUUUUAAUUUAAAUACAUUUUGGUGUUAAUAUAUUAAUUGCUGUCAACUCGUUUUCUAGUGGGAGAGCUAGUGGAGCAUCAUGUGUGUGGCGGCGUGGCGAUUGAAUAGUGUUCCACCCACUAUUCUUUCCCUACCUAAUUUUAAACCUUUUAAGAUUAAAAUCUAUAAAGUAUAGAUUAAAAUUUAAGGGUUAUCUCGUUAAGUAUUUCAUGGAAAAUUUGACUGUAAUAUGACUUAUAGAAGACCUUGCAAAGGCAUGAUGAAAAAAACAAUUACAGAAUAGAAAUAUCAGAUAAACUAUGUAAAUCUGUGUCACUCAAAUUAUUCAAUUACUAUAUUGGAAAACAUAUUUCAAUGAAAUUAUUUAUUGUGAUUAAUUUAAAAUAUUAUUAAAAAAUCAUAUUAUUAGAGGAGACCCUUAAAUCCAAAAUUGUUUUAAUAAAAUCAUUUUAUAACUUUAAUUUGUAUGUAUGCUUUACGGUUUACCCCAUUCAUAUACUAGCACAUCAGGUUGCCACCACACAUGUAUUUGUUAUAUAUCAGAUAUCAAAUUGUUGAUCGCAACAAAAUAGGUUUAUUAUUAUUAAAUUGGUGUAAUAUGUAUUACGAACCAAUAAACAUUAAUCAUAUUCUUGAAAAAUGAGUAAAGGAGAAUAUAUUAUCAUUAUCUCCAAAUGGUAAUGUACAAUGGUCAACAAUUUUAAAUUGGUAUUUGUACAGGGUGUCCCAAAAAGAUAUACCCAUUGUAAUAGCAUUGGAAAUAAUAUAUUUUUUAUAAAUUUAAUCAAAUACAAUUUUAAUAUAAUAUUUUCGAUAGGUUUAAUAAACUUGGUUAUUAAAAAUAAAAAAAGAAUUAUUGAAAAAUAAAAACAUUUAAGAAUUUAGGAUUUCAUAGUUUACAAUUAUAUUAAAUAGUAGGUAAGUUAGGUAAUCUAUAAUAAUAUUAUAGUAUAUAAUUCAUGCUAUAUUGGAUUGUAUGCGAAAAAAAAUGUACACGAGGGCAAGUAAAACAAACUAGCUGGUUUAACCACAGAUUAUAAUUAAGUACCGUGCUCUAAAAAUAUAAUUGUAUAUAAAUUAUACUGUGAAUUGUUGUGAUAUGAACGACUUGAACAAUUUAAACGACUAGGAAAAUCUAUUGAAGACCCACGUCCCUUGGACCAUGUCCUAAAAACUAUACUUCACGUUUCGAUAGCGCUCGGUAGUUUUGGGUUUUUUACUGCGACCUAAUCACGAUUUAGUUAUCUAACCUAACCUAAAAUAACUGACAGGGAAAAUUCAUAAAUAAUUCUCCCCCUCUCCGGUAAAUUUAUUUGGUUGCACAAUAAACAUCAUAAUAGAGAUGAGAAUUACCUGUAGCAACUAGCCAAAACGAAUUGUUAUAAAGUGUUUAGUGCAUUAUAAUAUUAUUUUAUUAUUAUUAUUAUUAUAAAGGUAUAUAAGUACUCAUAAAGUAGACAUAGAGUACACAAUAAACACGCACCUACAUUUAUAUUAAUAUAUAAAUAAGUAUAUUUAUACAAUAAUAGAAAACUAGUCAAGUGAUAAAAAAAUACAACAUUACGAUCACAUAUAAUGAUAUUUUUCUAACUAGGUAGUUUUUUUAUAGCGUAGCACCUGCCUGUUGUUAUUAUAAUAAAAUUUUAAAAACGUAAAAAAUAAAAUUAUGUAAAUUAAUAAUACAGGCAAAAUGUACGUUUUGACGGCGAAAAUUACGGAUACUAGCGACCACAAUAAUAAAUUAAUAACUAUUGUUACAAUAUUGUUAUUAAAUUAUUAUAAUAGAUACAUUUUGUUGUAGUCAAUAUCAACAAUGUAAUCAAAUAAUGUCAAAUAAUAAAAAAGGACGGUAAAAAUGCAAUUAUCAAAAUUGAAUGCAUUAUUUAUCCAAGUAUAUAGUUAUUAUUUAUUAUAAUAAUAAAUUGUUAACAUUUAUAAUAUAUCACAUAUUUAAGUGCCUUUAUAGGUAUCUAUAGGUAUUUUAACAAUGGUUAAUAAUUUAUAAUAAUUCACUAUUUCGAAUUAAUAUUAGGUAGGUUUUUACUGCAUAAUAUCCUAUAUUAGGUUCGUUUUUACCGCAACUCGUUCCGGUUCAUUUUUAUAGAAUUUACAAUUAUAAUAAUUUAUUUAAUGUACAUGAAAAUAAAAUGUAAAAUUGAGAUGUCAUAUUAUUUGACAGCACCAAUGUUUUACUUCAGCAGAAUAAAAGUUUUCCGUUGCGACAUUUUUUCGUAAUUUUCAUACCAAAAAUAUCUUAACACCCAAUUUUUUUUUCUUUUGGUGGGGGGUAGGGUUGAUUUCAAAGGAAGUGAAGUCUAAUCUAACCUAUCGAAGAGUGGGAAACGCGUGAUGUACUGUAUUAUUAUAGUUAUCAAUCGCAAACAGCACAGCUGUUCUUUUAUACCUUUAUGUGCGUAUUUUCUGACAAUUUAUAUUAAUAUAAAAUUUAUGUCUAAAUUUUUAAUUUAUAUAUAUAAAAUAAACGAUAUUUUGUUGGUGACACCUUAACUUGAAAAUACCAUCCAAGUUCAUAAUUUUUCUGGUACAUUUUCUAAAAAAUUUGUUUGAUACAGACCUUUACUAUUAUUUAUCAUCAAUUUGCUAUUGUUAUGGAAACAUGUGAUAAAACUGCAAAACUGAACGUCAACAAAUUAUCGAAUUAUUUUUGUCUUACGGAAUAAAAUUAAAAAAACUAAGAACGGACGUGAGUACUUCGAUACUUCACACGUGGGUGCAGCCACUGUUGUAGGUGGGAAAUUGGGAAGAUAGGAUACAGGUGGGAAUUUAAUGUAUAUCUGUAAGCAACGAUAAACGAUUCUGAGCGAAGUUCAGUUGAUAGUUUUGCUUUGUUAAUAAUACAAUAUAUGGUAUAUAUCAUAUUAUGGUAAAACGAUUACAAUGUACGUUUCCAUGAUAACAAUGAUUGUUUAAAUAAGAUUAAAAUAAUAAAAACUUAAUAACAAUAAAUAAAUAAAAACGGUUGCCAAAAACAACCUUAUUUUUAGUAUUUCAAUCUUUUAUAACCUAAAGACCGAGGUUUUUCGAAAAAGGUUAUUUUUUUUUAUAUCAUUCGAAAAUCAUAACAUCGAUCAUUAUGCAAAAAAAAAAAAACAAAUAUAUUGAUUUCAUGAACUGAGUAAGAGAAUAUUAUUUAAGGUUAUGACUUUUUUCCACAUUGUAUAUAAAAGUUUUCUCCUUUUCUUCCCUUUCAUAAUAUCAUAAUAUAUAAUUUAUAUAAUAUUACUCUAUAUCGAUUAAUGUUAGUGACGCAUUAUGGAACAAAAACGGUAGGUCAAUAUAAUAUACUGUAUUAUUACAAUUUUUAAGCAGAUAAAAGUGAUGCCAUCGCAGACCCUAAUAAGCUCUCCCCCUCAAAUUACGACCUGUAUAAUAUUAUUGUCCAUGCUAAACUAAAACGGUAUUCGUAUCUUCCCGUUUUCAAUCGUUUAAUUGGCUUACUACAGUUAACCAUACUUCCCUUUCAUAACUCAAUUCAGUUAAAUUCUUGGAACUAUCCUUAUUCAUAUCUACCAUGAUUAAAUAUGUUUCAUAAACGCCAUCCUUGGGUUUUCUCUCUUCCGAUAUGACCUUCUACAUCACAGUCUACCUUCUAUGACGCAUUCGUCAAGCUAUCGUGACGCAGUAGAUACCCAAUCAUUUUGUCCCUUCUGACCAUAGACGAAACUAUAGGGGUCAGGCCAGUCAAGCCAUGGCGUGACCUAAUACUGACUGGAUAACAUACCUGUAUUUAAAAUUAAAAACUUCAUUUCCGCAUCUAAAAUGUCUACAAUGUUUUGUUUAAAUAAAUAUAAUACCUACAUACGUAAUGCAUGGGUAAUACCAUUCAUACCUACCUACUGUAAAUGCAGGCUUAAUAUAAUUUCUUGAAAUUCAAUCAUAUACAAAAGUCAUAUGAAAUAAAAUAAAAUCAUAUACAAAUAAUUUGACGUUCAUUUUUAUAUUAUAUCAUGUAAUACCUACUUAGUUUUUUGCCGUUGCAAGUGAGUAUUACGAUAACCUAACCCAUCGAGCAAAGAGUUGUAACUAGUAUUUUUUUCAUAUUUAUCAUUUGGCCUGUCCUAAUAAAACUAUCUAGUUUCGCUAAUGCUUCUGACUUAUAUACUGUGCCAAAGUUUUCGAUUUUCCUUAAUUACACACAUUAUUCUUAUUAUUCUAUAUUUUGUAGUUUUAUACUAUAUACUCCUUCGUUUGUCAUCCCUAAAGUACCUCCUCACGCCGAUUCCCUUUCAGAAAAUGUACUACAUUUAAAAAUCGGAGCAAGAUCUCUGAUAGAAAAGUUGUCCGCAAAAAAAAAAAUAAACAUCUUUGUAAAACCAUGAGCUUAUUCGUUCCACUCAGAAUCUAAAAUGUACACGAUAUUUUAAUCGUUUCGUUGAUACGCUGCAGGUGUUGAGACGGUACAGGGACGACAACCCGGACGGUAGCAUCACUUGGGGUUUUGAAAACGACGACGGCACGUUCAAGGAGGAGACCAUCGGGGUGGACUGCGUGACCCGCGGAAAGUACGGUUACGUGGACCCAGAGGGCGUGAAGCGCGAGUAUUCGUACACGUCGGGUAUACCGUGCGAUAAGAACAGGAAAACGAUUAUACAACCGUUGGUCGGAGCGGGGUCCUCGGCAGUCCAAGAGGCACAGGCUAGCGACACUUACGGUUACAUCGACUACACCAAGAACCAGUACGUCAUGGCCAACGGAAACACCAUCAACCUGAACGGGAUGACCAGGAACAGAGCAAGGAAGCCGGUGGUUCGAAAGACCGCGACGACGCCACAGCCCCCGCAAGCCACCGCUAACGAGAACUUUUGAGGCGUGACUAAUAAUAUAACAUUACGCAAUUAUGCGACGACGGACGGCCGCCAUGUUCACAUCAAACGCAACUUUUUUUUUUUUUUUAUCAAAUCUCCAUUCUGUAGAUUUAAUAUUAAUAUAUUAUUAUAUACGUAUAAUCUAUAUACAUAUAUAUUUUUAUUGUAAAAGCGAGUUUUAUUUUUAAAUUAUUUUACGUCAAUAUGUAUAUUUUAUUACGAAAGAGUAGACUGUUUUUUUUUUUUUUUUUUUAAUUUUAUUUUAUUUUAAUUUAAAUAUAAUAAUAAUAUAUACGAGUACAAUAUACACUUAGAUCAUAUUAUUUAAUUAUUAUUAUUUUAUUUCCAUCGUAACUAGUAUUUCGUUAAAAUGUAUUAAAAUAAUCCUCGUGAC